AUGAAAGCCCUGCCCGCAGGCAGCAUCCAGUUAUUUAGGGUGCCGUCGGCGGUGUUUAUCCACGGGAGAAUUUGGCGUUUGCACUUACCGCACGGAAGACUUACCGAGAAUUGUCAACCUCGUUCUCUCGUACAUAAAUUCCUAUUAUUUGCUGUUCGUAUCUAUCUAUCUAUCUAUCUAUCUAUCUAUCAGUUUGUCCAUAUCUAUCUAUCUAUCUAUCUAUCUAUCUAUCUAUCUAUCUAUCUAUCUAUCUAUCUCAGCCUCUUAAUAUCCAUCUAUAUUAGAUUGUUCCUAUCUAUCUAUCUAUCUAUCUAUCUAUCUAUCUAUCUAUCAGUUUGUCCAUAUCUAUCUAUCUAUCUAUCUAUCUAUCUAUCUAUCUAUCUAUCUAUCUAUCAGUUUGUCCAUAUCUAUCUAUCUAUCUAUCUAUCUAUCUAUCUAUCUAUCUAUCUUGGUCUGUUCAAAUCUUUCUAUCAUAUUCAUAUAGAUAAAUACAGAUUAUCUAUCUAUCUAUCUAUCUAUCUAUCUAUCUAUCUAUCUAUCCGAGUCUGUUCAUAUCUAUCAGUUCACAUCCUUCUUUCCAUCUUUGCAUCCUAA